AUGCGUUUGGCACUGGUUGACACGGCCGAAAAGCACGAAGCCUUGGUCACGGCAGCCAACGCAACGGAACUGCACUCAACCGGUUUCUUUGGCUUGUGGCUUGGAGCGAGUGACCUCGCACGCGAAGGAAAUUUCGUCUGGCAUGACACCGGCGCACGGAUGACAUUCGCUAAAUGGAAGCCAGGAGAACCGAUGGGGUCCAACGAACGUUGCGUGAAUCUGUACCACUGGAAGGGGCAAGGUUUUGUCUGGACGUGGAACAAUGCACCUUGCUCCACUAGUUUGUAUGCAGUCUGUGAAAACCGGGAUCCGUGCGCGGUGGAAGUGUUCUAA